CAGAUCCCUGGGGCGGCGAUGGACCGAGUCAGCCUGCUGUGGCGUCUGAGGCGUCGGGCUCGCCGUGGAGUUCUCUGCAUGGCCUUCUUCUGCAUCUCCAUGGCUCUGCUCUACGCCAUCUGUGCUGAAAACAGCGUGCCCGUCACUGACGCCAUCUUUGGUGUCCAGGCUCGGACACGGGCUCAGCCUCGUGCACACUCUGUCAUCAAGGUGCUGCGAGGCGGAGCCAAGCCCAUGUACAUCGACCCUCAGAAGCUCCCAGGUGUUGUCCCAGGUGACCCUCACCGUCCAAUCCCUGUCCUCUCCUCCCCAAACCACACCCAUGAAGCCGAGGAAGGGCUGUCAAAGCGGAAGCCGAGAGAGCGGGAGACCGCUGGGUUUUUCUCUCGUCUGCUGCCGCGCCCCUUCACGCGUGCCCUGGAGACCCUGUUUGGAGGCCGCCGCAGAGGGGAGCUGAGUGGCAGAGUGGGGGAUGCUGAGUUUUUCGGACCUCACGGGCUUUUGGGAGAGGUGUGGGAUGACGAGAUGUCCAGUAACAUGCUGGGAAGCAGACUGAGGAAGGUGGUGCAGAAUUACCAGGCAAUGAAUAAGUACGGAGUCGAGUUCUCCGGCCCUGGCGGAGUGUCUAGCAGGCCUAAGUUGAGUGGUCCUGAGCUUCUCUGCCAGAUGAAGGAGAAGGUAGAGGUCACAACUUUGACGUCUGACCUCCAGCCCUUCUCGUCGGUGCCCUGGGCCGCACAACUGCCACCAAACCAGCUGACCUCUGACCUGGGGCCGUACAGGAGUUGUGCUGUGGUGUCAUCAGCAGGGUCCCUCCGCAACUCUGGACUUGGCAAAGAGAUAGACUCUCAUGAUGCUGUGCUGCGCUUCAACGCCGCGCCGACCACUGGCUAUGAGAAGGAUGUCGGUUCAAAAACUACUAUCCGCCUCAUCAAUUCACAGGUGAUGGCAUCUGAUGACCAUCGCUUUCUGUCGAGCUCUCUGUACAGCUCGGGUGCUCUGGUGGCCUGGGACCCCGCCCCCUUCUCUGCUGACCUCACUCAGUGGUACAACAGGACGGACUACCCCAUCUUCACCCAGUACCAGAGAUACAGGAGGGUUCAUCCUAUGCAGCCCUUCUACAUCCUGCAUCCUCGCUUUGAGUGGCAGGUCUGGCAACGAAUACAAGACAACAUGGCCGAGCCCAUCCAGAAGAACCCGCCUUCCUCUGGCCUGCUCGGCACUGUCCUGAUGAUGUCGCUGUGCGAGUUGGUGCACGUUUACGAGUUCCUGCCAUCCCGCAGGAAGACGGAGCUUUGCCAUUACUACCAGCGCUUCUAUGAUGCCGCCUGCACACUUGGCGCCUACCACCCUCUGCUGUACGAGAAGAACCUGGUCAAGCGGAUGAACCAGGGGUCUGACCGAGACAUCUACUCCCAUGGGCGCGUCAAGCUGCCUGGGUUCAGAAAGCUGAACUGCACCCAGGCUGCUGGAGGUUUACCCAACCAUUGACUGGGAAAUACAGGAAUAGUGAAGCACACAAACACACACACACACACACACACACACACACACACACACACACGCACACACACACACACAAUGAGCAUGAAGACACGUUAACAUGAGGACAGACGCAUGAACACUUCAUUCUCACUGCCAGAACAAAAGGAACGCUGUGCCACUCACUAUAAAUACUACAUGCUGUUGCUAUAGGCUGUAAACAACUCACGUACAAACACACACACACACACACACACAC